CAUGAAUAAUAAAAUCUUCAUACAAAUCGAUUUAGAUAACAAUAAGAGAUUAAAUAGAACGGAAUUAUUCAUUUGGUUUAGGACCUUGGAAAGGAGGAGAUUAGCAUUGGAGUCAAUAGAUGAGUGGAAUGACUACGUUAACUUUAUAAAAAAUGGUGAGCUGACAUGGUCUGAUUAUAAAACGGAAACCUUUGAUAAUGAUAAGAAUAAUGAACUAAUGAGACGAGAUAAAAACAGAUGGUUGCUAGCGGAUAAAAAUCAUAGUGGAACGCUAGACUUUGAAGAAUGGCAUGUAUUUUUGCAUCCCGAAGAUUUUAGCUUCAUGUCAAAAGUUGUUGUUGAUGAAGCACUAAAUGAUUUAGACGAAGAUGAUGAUGAAAGAAUCAGCUUACAAGAAUUUAUUGGUAUAAAUCAUAAUACAGAAGAUAUGGAUGAAGAGGAUGAAAAAGAAAUAGAGCAUCUUGAAAGAGAAUUUAGAAACAUUAGAGAUAAAGAUAACGAUGGAUAUUUAAACAGAGAUGAAGUUCGAGAGUGGUCUAUGAUAGAUGAUACAAAAUUUACUGACUCUAAAGUUGAUGAUAUUCUCGAUGAGUUAGACUUAGAUAAGAACGAAAAUUUAGACUCGAAGGAAUUGGUGAACUUUUCAAAACAUUUCGAUAUUGAAGACAGCAGAUUACUAAAUGCUGAAUUAGAUACUUAUAGUAAUCUAUAUAAUUGACACCUACCUAUCGGUUAACGCAUCUUGAUGGCAGAAGGCGGCAUAGGCAAUAGUAUCCCUUUCUCCACACCUAUUAGUUUCUUUCGCGGAAACAUAUAAGAUAAAAUCUCUGUCCAAUAUUCCCGAACCUUCGGUUCCCUCUUCGUGUGUCUCGUACCAAUUUUGUACUUUUUUUGCAACCCGACAUUUCUAAUCAACAAAUUUAACAAUACAACUGUAAUGUCUUUACAUCUAUGAUCUUUUUACUUAAUUUAUUAUACAUUUAAAAUAGGACUGUUUAUUUUUAGCAAGUAUUAAGUAGAUUAAACGCCCUUAUUAUACAAAAUAAGUGUUGUUAGAACUAAUUUUAGUUAAUUUCUCACUUACUUUUAAAUGAUAUUCUGGAAUGGAAAUAUUACCACAAGAAGAUAUCUCUUUACAACCAUCUAAGCAGGAGAAUUCAGGCUUCCCUUUUUCAAAAACAAUCCUAUUUGAUUUGCAUAACCUGCGGAAGAAGAUUAGAUAAGUCAUAGUGGUUGAAUAAUAAAAAUAAUAACAAUUUAUUGGCACCUAGUGAGCAGCAAUUUCUUUAGUGGCUUUUUGACUUUUAAAGCUUUGUUCCAAAAUUUAAUGGCCUCUUCAAUUAGAGUAUUCUGAGGACAGCAGAUAUAAUUAUUAAUAAAAUAUCUAUUAUCAUUCUAUAACUACCUUAACAAGGUUUUCUUUUUGAUUUCCUAAUUUCUUUACGCUAUCGUCGUAUUCAACGCUUAUUCUCAAAUUCUGCAGUUCCGUAGAUCGUUUGUUAAAAUGAUGAUAAAUAUUUUCGGAAUGUGAGAACUGAACGAAAAUAGGAUCAAUAUUAACAUUUUUCCAUAACAGAAUCAUUGUACUCACCUCAUUCUCAUAGAAGUGCACGUUUGGAUAAGUUUUUGGAAAUUUAAAACAUUGAUUAAUACUAAAGAAAUAGAACAAUAAAAAAUAAAAUGUUUUCAUCAUCCCAUUAUAGCCCCCUAAAGAUUCUCUAUAAAAGAUUAUGUUCCGGAAGGCUUUUCAGUCAUAUAAGUUUUACUUUGUUAUUCAUAUUUCGCAUUCGGUAAGAAUUAAUAUUUUAUAAGCUUUUCGUUUUAAAAGAAAAACCUUUCAAUGUUAGAUUCUUAAGAAGGAAACUUUGUUCCACUGACUGGAAUUCGAAUAGUAGUGUUUGCACGCAGGCGACAACCAUUUCCCAACCAAACCCGUGAGAUAGAACUGAGGAAGACUUUGCUGGUCUACACUGCAGCUUCUUCUAAUCGAUUUCGAUCACGUGACCGGUAUUUUGCCUAUACUGGAUUAUUCCAAAAACGCGGUUCACAGUGUAUAGCACUAAACUGGAAACUUUACAACUGGAAACAAAAACAUUGCAG